UGUGACCAUAUUUAUCCGCACAUUAACACCUGCAAUUGCAAACAAGGUAAUUUAAAUCGAACACGAAAGAAGGAAUAGGUCAAACAAAUCAAAUAAAAGACUGAUAUAGCAACAAACACUGAAGACACUCAGAUGUCAAAAUUUACACAAAUCUACAUCAUUACGCAAUGUCAAGCAGAGUGAAAAUAACGUAUCUGGAACAUGGAUUUUACAGAUUACAACUGAAACAUUUCCAAGAUGAAACAACGGCGGUGCCCCGAUUGCGGACUGUCUGGUGAAUUUAGCAAGUCAAAAAUGAGAAAACACCGUCUACAGACCCAUGGCUUUGUGACAUGUGAAUGUGGUAGACAGUUUUGUAAAGAAGAACACAUGGCGCAACACAAGAGAGACAACAGGAUUCAUGCAGGGGGAUCGCAGUAUUCAUACUCGGCGUUGUAUCGUGUAGGAAUGCAAGGAUUACAUGGAGCAUUUGGAGGCCUAAGCAUAUCCACUCUAUCGUCAGACAUAUACACAUUGAGUUCUGGCACUUUGGAAAGUUUCAUUGAUGACAACAUUCAAGCUAAUGCACAAUUUCUCGGAUGUUGUGGUGAAGUUAUUGAUAGCCUUGUUCGCAAAUUACAGGACACAGAUAUGGUACCUUCAAAACUUCGCCCGAGGCGAAUAAUCAAGUCCGGUUCACUCGGAAAAGGUACAGCUGUGAAGGGCAGGUCUGAUAUAGAUCUCAUUCUGAUGCUCGUUAAGUACGAUAAUGUUGAAGUUCUUAUGAGGGAUAUGCGUGACCUUCUCCGGAGUCUAGAGAAACACCUGAAUGAAAAUACUACAGCAAAUCACCAAAGGACAACACGAUACUCGGUACAGGUAGAACUAACAUGUCGUUCUUCGCAUAAACAUGAUGUUGAUAUACUUCCUGCUGUUGACCUGCUCGAAAUAGGCAACAUACCUUCAGAUGUGUAUAGAAUGAUGAAAGGGGUUGCAGACAGUACUAUCCAUGAAUACUCGGUCAGUCUGGCUCCUUUACAGUUAGAAAUCAUUGGUGAAUUGCCUACCAAAGUAAAAAACUUGAUAAAACUUAUCAAGUACUGGAAAGACAAGAAACUAAAGGAAAAAGAUGAGCAAGAAAUGCCGAGCUUUGCUGAGAAACGAUAUGGAAAACCAAACUGGCCGAGUUCAUAUGCUCUUGGACUGGUGGUUUUGAAUGCCUGGACAGAGGCAAAUGAACCUGUGAGCUUUGACAUGACUCGAGCUUUGCAUGCAGUUCUGACUUCUUUGGUUAACCAUAGACAAUUUAAAAUAAUUCUCAGACGAAAAAUGAAGUACAACACAACAUUGAUACAGGCAAGAUCGGCUCCGUAUAUUAUGGAUCCUGCAAAUCCUUUCAACGACAUGUAUCAUGGACUUGUCGAUGGUCAGGCGUUUGACUGGGACAGAGUUGUACCAGAAGCCCGACUUUGGCUCAGUAAACCACUAUUUUACGGGGUUUCAAAUACAAAACAUACAUGGAACUAGAAUGAUGUAGUUCUGGCGUUUUUUGACUUUGUUUUGGUCAAUAAUGAUGCAAAAAUUGUUUUGCUGUGUUAGUUUAUAUUUUCGUGUGAACUUAUCAUUGUCUUUGAGAAAAAACAUGAUAACAUAGCAUAUUGUACUUGUGAAUACUAGACAAGUUUAACUCAUUGUAUGGAAAUAAACAGGAGUAUUCAAAGUCAUUGUAUUCAGUCAAACAAU